AUGGGCGGGCACGGCCGGGGCGUGGGCAGGGAGCGGGGCGCCCGCGGGCGAGCGCGGCGGGGCCAGGCGGGCGACCAUGGGCACGGCCAGGGGCGCGGCGGCCAGGCACGCCAGGGGGGCUCGGCCAGGGGCACGGCGACGGCCGCGCGGCCAGGGCGGCAAGGCCAGGCAUGCGGCCACGGGCGCGCGGCCACUGGGCUCGGCUACGGGCACCCGGCCAGGGGUGCGGCCGCAUCUGGAGGAGACGGCGCGACCUGCAGGCGGCGCUCCGGCGCGAGCAGGGCGGCGGGGAGGUCCGGGUGA